AUGACACAGUACACCAUGGACCUCGAUGAUCAGCCGACCUUCCUACACCUCUGCACGCUCGAUGCCCUCCCAAACUCUGCCCCCGACCUCGACCUCUCCUCCCUCCGUGACAUCUCCAAGAGACUCCGGGACAGCCUCAAGCUCCAGCACAGCAGCGAGCUCGUGACGGGCUCGGAGGAGUGGCGGGAGGCCAAGUACGGGUGUCCCCCGAGGAGCAAGCAGCUUGCGGCGCUGAGGCACUCGAUGGAGCUGCUGGCGGAGAGGACGAGACGACGGGUGGUGUCAGCGACGGGGGAGGACCUCGUGCUAUGA